AUGAUCGACGGGAAAGAUGAUGUUGUCAGUGAAAGUCUCAUACACCGCUUCGUGAACAUCGGCACUAUGAUGCGACGCUUGGAAAUUUUUGCGGACGCGUUGAAGUCCAGGCAUGAAGAUCCAACUGGAUACGCGCUCCAGUAUGCGAUGCUUACAGUGUUGACCUACUUGCGAGAUACCUCGGUGGACGCGAGUAUCCCUGUUGGGGACGCGACCUUCCAUGCGACUUGGUUGAGGUAUGGCGAUCUGGAAGCGACGCUCAUGGCACUUACCACUUUCGUUGGACGCACACCCGACCAUGGCCCCGAAGGUUACGAGGCGGUGGAUCUCAGGCCCAUACCACUGCUGUCACGGCUCUAUGACCAUCUCAAUCUACAGAUCGACAGGCAGUCUCCACGCGUCACCCGCGCAAUACUGGCCUUCCUGCUUACCCACGCAUGCGUCCAUUACUUCAAGCGUCUAUCCGCGACCGUGGGGCUGGGCCUCUCAUCGACUAUCCAUCAAGAGAACAACAUCCCCGUUCCGAAAGAGGUCGACGAUCCAGAGGACGACGGUGGUCCAGAGGAGCCCGUCACAGACACUGAACUGGAUGCAUAUCCCUCCUUCGUUCCUGGAUAUUUGUCCGAGCUGCUACCCAAAGCGCGGCGGUCUCUGGUUCUGCUUCGGGCGGCAGAUGCCAGUCAUCCGAUGUUGGUAGAUGCUGGGGAGUAUACCCUGACGUGGUUUUGGUCGAUCGAGGACAUCGUGGCGUCGCAAGAGGCCUUGGACGGCAGAAGGACUCAAACGGCGGCUGGGUCCAAAAAUGACGAAACCAAGAACCUGUGCAUCGACCCCUCGACUUCCUACAAGCCCGAGCUCUCCGCGUUCCAUAUGUUCGACCUCGACCCGGGCGCACACUUGUCAAACGCCAACCUUGUCACCACCUCCACCUCUCCCUUGCACGCCUUUAUCUCCUCGUUCCCCGACUCCCUCCCGCCUUUGACCCCCACACUGGCGCAUCUCACCGAACUCGUCCUUCAACCCCUCGCCGCCCGCGCCGAGGCCCUUUCCAGAGCCCUCCUCGGCGUCUUCUUCACCUCCUCUAUGGAUCUCAACUUCCGCGCCCACCUAGAGGUGCUUCGGUCGUACCUCCUAUGCACGUCCCCCGCUUUCACUGCGCGCCUUACCGCUGCCCUGUUCGACGACGGACUGGACCGCAGGGGCACGCAUUCGUCGCUCAUGGUUCCCGGUCUGUCGGCCCGUACACGCCAGAAGCAGAAGGAGGAAGACCUGAAGGCGGCGACGGAUCCGUGGGCGGUGGGGCUGGCGCCCGCGUUGCUGGAGCGAGGCAGCUGGCCACCAGUGGGAGCGGACCUUAGUUUCCUGCUGCGGACGGUCAUUCUGGAUUCUUUCGAGGCUACGUGCGCGAUGGCGAUCUCAUUACCCGUAGCGUCCAAGGAAGCGGACGAUGCUGGCCGUGAUCGUGCUGUUCUGAAGUACGACGUGGAUAAUCGACUGGGCUUCGCGAUCCGAGAUCUACCGGAAGGCACUGGGAAGGAAGGGUGGAUGAACCCAUUGUGUACGGCUUUGGACUUCCUGUACAUGGAGUAUAGACCACCUCAUCCUCUCGACGUUCUGAUCAGUCAAGAUACCCUCACCAAAUAUCAGCGACUGUUCAGCUUCAUUUUGCGCCUGCUGCGAGUGCAACAUGCGAUGUCGUCGCUCUAUCGUAUGAGCACCGACAGCGUUGCCCCCGUGUUCGACACGCUCGCGCAGGCUCGCAAAAAGCUGCUACAUCUCCGCUUUGUCGCCCAAUCCUUCGUAGCCGCCGUGUCCAGCUAUGUCUUCGACGCAGCUAUGCGAGGGAACUUCGAUGCAUUCCUUGAUCGCGUGUCUCUAUCGGCAGCGCAGCUCUCGGCCUCGGCCGAGAGCGAAGAGGAAGAAGCCUUCACAGAUGUCUUCAGCCUUGCCGACGCGCAUUCCGGCAUGAUGAACGACAUUCUCAACGCGUGUUUGCUGCGCUCUGGCCAGCGUUCUGUCAGCAAGCUCCUCCAGCAGUCGCUCGAGACGAUCUUGCAGCUGUGCGUCAUGAUUGGCGAGCUCAAGGAGGAGCGCAUAGAGGAGUACAGAGCCGCCGCGGCUUUGGACGAGAUAUACGACACGUUCAGAUCGAAGACCAGCACUCUCUGCAAAGUGCUGCAGGGAAUGUGCGACAGGGGGCCGGGGACGGUCAUGAGCCGGGACGGCACUCUGACUGCCAAUGAGAAGCGCCCCAGAAGACCAAUAGGUGGAGCCGAAGCUGUCACUCAUCUAUUACUUCGGCUGGAUAUGACAACUUGGUGGUCUAGAUAUUGA